AUGGGUGAUGACGGGCCGCCUUGCGACCUCCAGGCCCCCAGCUCUGAAGGACUGAAGGAAGACCUCGAAAGGCUCUUAGAGAGGUGUGCAGAGUCGUGGGAUCAGGUGGGGAGCCGAGUCUUCGUCCACGGCCUCACUUCGGAAGCCGGCAGCCCGCUGAACUUUCGCUGCGGUGAGGUGGUCAAAGCCCAAGACGAUGGUCGGCUCGGUGUGCGAGUGACCGGUGUUGAAGGUGCGCCGAAGCUGAUCAAGCGGAUGAAUCUUCUUAGCGUCAGUCGGACGGUCAUGCAGAUGUUUCGUGCCCUGGUACUCUGGAGCCUGGCAGCAGCAGGCACUUGUGAAGAGGCUUUGGUCGCAUACACCUUCGCAGGGCGUGGGAGUUCGGAUGCCAUCCAGGCAGUCCUGUCGCGUGUGCUCGGUCUAAACCCCACAGAGGUUGUGAAGGCCUUUGACCUCAAAAUCGUCGCGAACUGCAGCCAAGCACCCCCGUCGGCAAGAACUGAGCUUUGUUUCGAGCUCAGCGACGCAGAAGACGGGCGGAUCCGCAUCGCAGCUACAAGUGGCCCGGAGCUGGCCUAUGGUGCCAGCUGGUAUCUGCGUACACGCUGCAACAUGUCCUUUUCCUGGAAUCGUACGGGUGGAAACCAAGUAUCCGUGCCAAAGUCGUGGCCAGGAGUGGGUCGGAAGAUCAUCAAAUAUCGCAGGGUACCGAUGAGUUACUUCAACAAUGUCGUGACAUUCAGCUACAGCUACACAUGGUACUCCUUCAAGGACUGGGAAGCUUGGCUUGACUGGGCCGUUCUGAACGGGGUGAACUUGGUAAUCGCAUACACUGGACAGGAGGAGAUUUACCGUAAGACUUUCAACGCCUUUGGAGUGAACAACUCGGAGUUUGCAUCCUGGAGCAACGGCGCCGCCUGGCUGGCCUGGAGUCGGGGCCAGUCCAUGCACGGCAUCGGCAGCAGCUGUGGAGACGGCUGUAUGCCCCUACCUUUCAGCUGGAUGACUGGGCAGUGGGAGCUCCAGAAACAGAUCCUCAGCCGCAGCCGCAGCCUCGGUUUGGUCUCUGUCCUUCCCACCUUCCAGGGCAACAUCCCGCCCAUCUUCCGGCAGCUCUACCCGCAGGCCAACAUCAGCAAGACAGGGGCUGCUUGGCUGGAUGACUUGGAUCCCCUCUUCGGGAAGAUUCAGCAGCGCUACAUGGAGAUCAUGAUCAAGGACUGGGGCACAGACCACUGGUACGAGACGGACGGGUAUUUCAACCAGAAUCAAGGUCCUUGGGCACGUUCGCACACUGAGGGACGUCGUUGGCAGCGCUCAGAAGACGUCCCGGUGGAUCCUGAUGCGUAUGCCCACGCACAGGCGGCAUACCAGUCCAUGAGCAAGGUGGACCCACAGGCUGUCUGGCUCUACCAGGGCUGGAUUUGGCGUGAUUGGGGAGAAGAUAAGCUGCCCUUCAUGAAGGGCUUCGUGUCGGCGGUGCCGCCCAAGCAUUUUGUCAUGUUGGACAUGUUCGACGAGGCCGAUCCGGAAUGGAACAAGUUCAAUAACUUCGGCUAUUUCGGAACUCCGUUCAUUUGGUCGGUCCUGCACAAUUUUGGUGGCAACACAGGAAUGUGGGGAAGCAUUCCUACUUUGAAUUCUGAGUUUUCAGACGCCUUCCAGCACACUGCCAGUGUCGCAGGAACUGGUGCUGCACCAGAAGGGAUUGACCAGAACCCUUUCUACUACAGCUUCUUGACGGACCUGCCGUGGCAGACUGGCCCCAUUGACCUGGAGCAGUGGGCGGCCACCUGGACCCAGCAGCGCUACGGCCGUAGUUCGGUUGACGCGGAGGAGGCUUUUCGGCUGCUAUUGGGGUCUGUCUACGGCAAUGAGACGAAUUCUCGGGCGAUUCGGAGUCACGGCGGCUUCUUUGCCGAGAAGAACGCAGAUGGCCUCACAGCACUGGCCAUGGGAGGAGGCGAGGCCACACCCCACGAGAGCUGGUACAAGCUGUCAGAUGUGGCGCAAGCCUGGGGAAAGCUGAACAGAGCAGCCAAAGCGGGUGUGCCCGAGACCUUGCGAUACGACCUGGUCAAUCUGGGCCGGGAGGUUUUGGGCAAGGUCUCCAACCGCUUCUUCGCUCAGAUGGUAAACGCCACAACCCCUUCUGAGGUCAGCGCGGCAGGCCGCAACCUGCUGGCGGUCCUCGCAGACGCCGACCGUCUCCUUUGCAGCGACCACGGCUUUCUCGCCAGUGCCCGGAUCCGGAGCGCGAAGUCAUGGGCAGAAGGAAAUGCUACGCUGGAGCGCUAUUUGGAACUUGCAGCCCGGAGCCUCACGACGGUGUGGACGCCGCAAGAGCCGAAUUCGAGCUCGAUCACGCCACUCUGCGACUACGCCAACCGCCAGUGGGCCGGCCAGGUCGGAGGCUUCUACGCGCUGAGGCACAAGUGCUACGUUCGACAGGCCAUGGAGGAUCUCGGUUCCAAGAAGCCCAUUAACAAGACCGCGUUUGAUGCGUGUGUUGCAGCUGCCAGCUACGACUGGACCCACGACUUCGGAUCAGCAAAGUACCCGAUGUGCGAAGAGCCAACAAGUGACGUACUGGCCAUCAGCCAGGAGCUGUUCGAGAAGUACGGUCGUCCCGAGUCGGAGACCAGCAUCUGGGACCGGCGGCUGCUGCUGGGCCUCCUGACCCUCAGCCGCUGCUCUGAGCUCCGCGCGCUGCGGCCGCUCUGCAGGGAGCGGCUCAAUGACGACAAAGGGCUUAUGCUCCUGAUCGCUUCCUACAUCACGGAACCACCUGUGUGUCUCUUCCAGUUCGGCGGUUUCAUGCGGAAAGUCUGGCCGGAACACUGGCGCUUCGAGGACCCUGCGCGCCCUUUGCCCUUGGCUCCACCACCUGAACUCAGGCUUGACAGUGCCAGCUGCGACAUGGGGCUGGGCAGAGCAUUCUUUGCAGGCGGCUGCGGAAAGCACCCACAAGCUUGCAGCCUGGACGAGUUUUUCAAUUCGGCAGAGGUCUACGAUUCCCUUGCCGAUGAGUGGUCCGCCCUUCCUGCUAUGCCAACCCGUCGGCACGGUGCUUGUGCUUGCUUUUUGGACGGCAAAGUGUACGUCCUUGGUGGCAUGUAUGUCGAUCAGCGCAAUCUGCCUCUCAAGGAGAUGUUCUGCGACAUCUUCGAUCCUGAAACCAAUAGCUGGACCUCGCUCCCUGCUGCCGCCUACACGAACCUCGGCGUAGGCCAGGGCAUUUUCCAGCGGGCCGCAUUUUUCGGCGCGGCUGCAGUCGAAGGUCGUGUUGUGGCAUUGGUUGGCGGUGUCACCAUUGCUUACAACCCCAGAGUUCCCGAAGAUGGUUGGAGAGCUGUGGAAGCACCAAACAGCCAUGUCAAGGUCGGGGCCUCUUCAUGUGCGUGCGCCUUCCGUGGGGAACUGAUAGUUGCUUCAGGCCGCCCGCGCUGCUUUUCGAAGUGUGUUGCCGGCUUCCGAUUUUCUGCAGAUGCCUCGCAGCCUCUUUGGUGGCACGGCACAUGGCGUCAGCUGCCGAAGCUGCAGAGCGCACGCGUUGGUGGGGCGCUCGUAGAGGUCUACGAUCGCUUGUACAUCACAGGAGGCGUUGACGAGGAAACUGGCGAGUUCUUCGACACGGCAGAGCGCCUCGGGGAGGAGUCCUGGGACUGCGUGUCCUGGUUCCAGAUGCCGCGCGCGUUGCACGCGCACGAGGCACAUGCCUUGCCGUACCUCCCUGCCGCUCCAGCAGCUCAGCCACUCACAGCGAAGUGA